UCUCAUAUAGCUUUAAGGACUCAUCCAACAAAAGUAUGACAAACCGUUUUCGGCACAAUUCCCAUUCAGAACGGCCAACACGUAGUCUUAUCUAGUUAUCUGCUUGGCUUCCCAUUUUGGAACUUGUGCCACAAUAAUCCAAGGAUCUAAUCGUUUGGGACUGUUCUGGACUUCUGGUUGCCUUUGACUCCAAAGCCGGCGGCACAGGCGCAAGGAUCAAAGCAUUUAAUUAUCUUCUUUUGGCUCGGCGAAACGCGUUUCUGACUUUCUUUUCCUUUUGGCUGGCCGCUGACCUGGUCUCAUGGUCUCUAUGGCGCGUCGCUCAUUCAACUCCAACCCUAAGAACCGACGCAAUUGUAGUAUUACCCAGUUGGGAAGUGCAAAUAUUGGUGGGAAGACGGAGCCAAAGUUAACAUGCUAAUUGCCAUCCCUCGACAUCAGGAACUCUACAAACUAAAUCUGAACCAGUUUGUGCUGUCUGUAUUGGAGAAAUGCAAUCAUCUCAACCAUCUCAAGCAGCUCCAAGCCUUCCUCCUCACGCUUGGCCACGGCCAGACUCAGUUCUUUGCGUUCAAGCUUGUUCGCUUUUGUAUUCUCUCACUCUCCAACCUCGCUUAUGCUCGCUUCAUCUUUGACCAUCUUAAAGCACCCAAUGUCUAUCUAUACGCUGCCAUGAUCACUGCGUAUGCAUCCCAACCUGAUCACAGAUCGGCGCUUCUUUUAUAUCGGGAUAUGAUCCGUCGAGGACGCUCUCAACCCAAUCAUUUCGUCUACCCAUUAGUCUUAAAGUGUUGUUCCGAGGUAUCUGAAACUCAUGGGGUUAAAGCUGUUCAUACCCACAUUUUAAAAUCGGGUUUUGGAGGACACCCAGUUGUGCAAACUGCUCUGGUCGAUUCGUACUCGAGGGCCGGUUCGGAUAUAGGAAUUGCUCGCCAAUUGUUUGAUGAAAUUGUUGAUAGGAACGUUGUGUCUUGGACAGCGAUGAUUUCGGGGUAUACACGGCUUGGACAAAUGGGGAAUGCUAUCCUGCUUUUUGAAGAGAUGCCUGAAAGAGAUGUUCCAUCUUGGAAUGCUGUCAUUGCCGGAUGCACGCAGAAUGGUCUAUUCACAGAGUCGAUCUCAUUAUUCAGAAGAAUGAUAGAAGAAUCUGAGAAGCCAAAUCAGGUCACAGUCGUCUGUGCACUCUCAGCCUGUGGUCACCUUGGCAUGCUUCAUGUUGGUAGAUUGAUCCAUGGUUAUGUAUAUAGGAAUGGCCUCGGUCCCAAUUCGUUUAUUGCAAAUGCUCUUGUAGAUAUGUAUGGAAAAUGUGGUAACUUGAGGGAAGCAAAAAGGGCUUUCGACAAGGCAUCAGAGAGAGGCUUGACCUUAUGGAAUUCCAUGAUCAAUUGCCUUGCACUGCAUGGGCAAAGUGAGAGUGCAAUUAGUGUCUUUGAGGAGAUGAGGGAGUUUGGAGGUGUAGUGAGGCCAGAUGGGGUUACCUUUGUUGGUUUGUUGAAUGCUUGUACCCAUGCAGGAUUGGUUGAGCAAGGUUGUAGGUAUUUCAAGUUGAUGACUCAAGAGUAUGAGAUUGAACCUCAAAUUGAGCACUAUGGGUGUGCGAUAGACCUACUUGGUCGAGCUGGUUGUUUUGAAGAAGUCAUGAAAGUCAUAAGAAGUAUGAAGAUUGAACCUGACGAGGUUGUUUGGGGUUCUUUGCUUAAUGGUUGUAGGAUUCAUGGGCAUAUGGAAUUGGCAGAAUUUGCUGUCCGGAGACUGCUCGAAAUUGAUCCAAAUAAUGCGAGUUAUGGUGUAAUGUUAGCCAAUAUAUAUGGUGGGCUAGGAAAUUGGGAAGAGGCGAGGAAAGUGAGGAAGAUAUUAAAAGAACAAGGAUUAACAAAAACUCCUGGGUGCAGCUGGAUUGAGAUUGAUAGCCAAGUCCAUCAAUUUUACUCUGCAGAUAAGUCGCACCUUCAAACAGAGGAGAUAUACAAGAUUUUGCAGCUUCUUCUUGGCUUUCAUUAGCCAAAAUCUGCUGGGCCCUUCUUGGGCCUUUAGUAUAUGAAGCUCAAGCUUACAACACAAUAAUGGAUGGAGGCAAAUUAAUGAUGAAUUUUGCUAAAUUAUGCAGAACUGGAUGAGCAUGCUGCUAAUGAUGAAUUUUGUUAAAUUAUGCAAAAUUAGAUGAACAUGAUGCUAAAAGAUGAUUGACUGAUCAGGAUUUCUCCAAAGUGUGAACUGGUUCUUACUUGACCAUUACAAAUUGAUUCUCAUCUAGAUUUAGAUUUGGAUUGACCCCCCAUCUUGUGUAGCACCUCCUUGUUUUAUAAAAAAAAAAAAGAUUUGGAUUGACCCAACUGUCAAUUGAUUCUCAGGUAACUAUUCUCGUAUUAUUCUCUGAAUGGGCUGAGAUAGGUUCAUACUGUGAAUUUGAUUCUUUGCAAUUCAACAUCAGUUCGGCACAGAUUGAGAAUUUGUUCUAGGUGAGUUCAAAACCAAUCCAACCGAAUCAUUUGGAAGACAGAUUCGAUUGGUUAAUUAGAAGGCAAUGAAGAUAUCUAUCCAUUCA